AUGUAUAUCGGUAGAUCCCAUCAGAACUCCCGGAAGCUAAAGGUGUCUCUCUUUCUUCUUCUUUCCUCAGCGAGUUCCUCCAAAGACUCAGAGUCGUCGAAGGAGGAGCCUCGGAGGAAGAGGAGAGGCGACUCUUCGUCGGAGGAAGAGGAGGAGAAAGAUUCAAAGCAGAAGCGCCGACGUAUCGCUCUGAAACGCAGACGAGCCUCCAAGGACGACGAGUCGGACGACGACUCUGACGCAUCGUCUUCAGAAGAGGAUCGACCCGUCCGGAAACGUGUGAACCGAAUCGACUCUGACGAUGACGAGGAGGAGGAAGAGGAGAAGGAGGAGGAGGAAGAGGAGAAACCGAAGGAGAAGAAAGCAGACGAGGAGACAAAGGGAACAGUGGACAGCACUCCAAGCGACCCGUUCAGCACCGCCGGCUCUCUUUCUGCAGAGGAGCGUCUGCGCGCCGCCCAGCAGCCCGUCUGCAGCCUGCAGGCUUUCCUGCAGCUGGCUGCGCAGACAGAACAGCUGGUGAUCUUUGACCUCUACCGGCCCCCCAGAGGUCAUCCGUUCAGAGACACCUGGAUCCAGCGCACGCUGGAGGUCAUCCACAACGAGUCCUCCAUCAACUCCUCUCAGGUGCUCUGGCUGCCCUCUGACCUCCGCUCUCUGGUGCAUCUCUCCGACCCUUCCCUCCAGCAGACGUCGGGCAGCCGGCUCCCCCCGGAGGAUCUGCAGAGAAACAACAUCCUGAGACUCAACCUGCACUACAGCGACAUGUCCACUCAGAGCCCCAGUGCGUACUCAGCGGGUAACGUCAGCACUAACCUGUACGUGGUGACCCAGCCGUGGCUCUUCUCCCUCGCCUGGUGCUCAGGGGUUCAGUCGGUCACCACCAACAACCCCCAGCUGCUGAGCUCCAUCACCGCCCCGCUGUUCCUCAUGAGUCCAGAGGAGUACAACCUGAUGUGGAUUCUCACUGAUCUGCUGUCCCUGCUGCUCAUCAUCCUCUUCUUCAUCUUCCACUGGUGA